UGAAGCGCAUCUAAAGAAUUAAAAUGCAAUUAUCGCCAUGCAACCUAUGUCAAUGUCGUGACGAUUUCCAAAAAGCCGGAAACGAAAAGUAAAAGGAACAUAAGUAUAUAAUGUUGAUUUUAAAAAUUGUAAAAUCAGUUCAGUUUGUGCUUUGAAACAAAUACAUCAAUCAUCAUGAUCAAGUUGUGCUUAUUCGUCGCUGCAAUCUGCGCAGCCAGCGCAAAACCUCUUGAGAAUUCCUAUGGGGUUCCGAUCAAACCUGACCAAGAAUUCGUGAUUCCAUCCACUUCUUACGGUGUACCGGAUGUAUCGAAGCCAGUUUACCCACCAGCAGUACCACCAACGCAGGAGCCCGUUUACCCACCAGCGGUACCACCAACGCCGAAGCCUGUUAAGCCAUUCGAAGUUUACGGUUUACCAACGACCAAGAAGCCAACACCAAAACCAACACCAAAACCAACGACAACAACAAAACCAAUCAAAACUUCGUACAGCUACGAAUUGCCUAAGACCACGACGGUAGCACCGGUCAAACCAUUCGUCGAAUACGGAUUACCUACGACCGCAAAACCAGAAGUGAAAACCACCGAAAAACCCAUCGAAACUUCCUAUUCCUAUGAACUUCCUACUACCAAGCCGACGCAAAAACCGACCAAACCACAUGAGGAAUACGGAUUGCCGACGACCUCUAAACCAGUUGAAACUUCGUACUCGUACGAAUUACCAACUACCACCAAGAAAGUCCCCAAGCCUGAUGUAGUUGUACCAACGCCUGAGCCAGUAAAGCCUUUUGUUGAAUACGGAUUACCAACCACCGCAAAACCAGAAGUGAAGACUACCCAGAAACCCAUCGAGACAUCCUACUCAUACGAAUUACCAACCACGACGAAGAAAGCGCCAACACCUGAUGUAGUCCCAACUAAACCCUUCGACGUUUAUGGACCACCAACCACCACCACUACAACAACCACUACUCUUAAACCCGUUCCAAUUAACCCAUACCCACCAACACCCGUCAAACCAUACCCACCGGCGCCAGUCGAUCCCGUCCCAACUAAACCCGCCCAAGAAUAUGGUGUACCAUACAAAUUCGUGUAAACCGUCAACAGAUGCUACAGAGAUAUAUAUUUUUUUACAUAAAUUUAAA